GUGAACUUAGCCCUGGCCCUAGCAAACAUCACCACCAACUACCAGAGGCCAGACAAAGAAUCAAUAGUAGCCAUGAAAAAGAAACAACGAGGCACAGCCGCUGACACCGCCAACAAGGCGCAAGCCAAAAAGAUAAUCGAGCGAGAAGGUCACAGCCUAGACAGAGAUUGGUCACGUCUCAGCUGGAAGCAAAAAGCCAGCAACAUCGUGCGGCUCAAGCUGCUGAAAGACGACGGCUACGAUAUUACUCCACUAACGAAUAAAGAAAAAAACCACGAUGCAGAAAUAUACGAAAGCAGCACAUGCCGACCAGACACAAAGGCCUCUCUCCCUCAUAUCUCAAACACCACAUACCAUCUGAACAGCACUACUCUGACUCCUCAUCUUUUACAGCAAGACCUCUAUUCUCGAAAACGAAAGCACACCCACGACCACGACUCCCAAACUUCACACCCCUCACCUCCGCGCAAAAAACGCCGCCUCCACUCUCCCAACCACACCACCUUUACCUCCCCCACCUCCGCCCUCCAAACCCUCAAACGUCACCUCCGCCGCUCCCUCUUCGCUUCCUCCCGCACAUGCUGCUCCCGAUUCCAACUCACAACCUCCCAGGGCGCAAACUCUCAAGUUCCGAUUUUAGUCUCAACGAAGCGGUCUGCGCCGCUGGUAUCCCGUAUCAUCUUCACACCACAAGCACCAGGCAGACGGCCGAGCGGUGCGGAUGCGUAUAUCGGCUCUACGGCGUUUGAGUUGCUGGGGCGGGAGGUAGAAUGGAUAGGGAAGAGAGAGGAGGAGGGAGAUGGAGGGUGUUGGGUUUGCGAUUCUGAACUGGAAGAUGAGGAGAGUGUUGGGUGUGGGAUUAGGCUAUUAGUGAAGAGUGGAGAAGGCGAUGCGGUGCUUGAGGGGGAAACGCGGGCGCUGGUUGCUUUGCUGGGGCACUUGCGGGGUGGCGAGUUGAUGCAUUUGGGCCGGUGGAAGGUUUGUGAUGUGGGUGUUGAUGCGGAGGGGAUGAGGUGCGUG